GCAACAAAACCAAAGUCUGUCAACAAUUCGGACCAAGCAUUCCGAUUUGUCUGGUGUCAGCGAGACGUUCAGCGCUUCUAUUCGACGGUUUUCUUCCCUAGAUGAUCCGAUAGCUAUCCCAGCAGCUUGGUCCUGACACCUCUUCCCGUGUCACUGUCCACUAAGAUGGCGAGUAAAACUUACAUCGUUGAGCAUCUGGAUGACGAAUUAGGUCCCUGGUCUGAGUUGGAGUAUGUUACUAUUGCCAAAGAGUCACAUGAAGCUGGUGCCAAGUUCUGCUUAUCGUCGAUACCUUCAACUUUGGUGUUGCCGGAGGCUCUGAAAGUUGUACCUGGUUUCACGGCAGAUGGACGGAGCGUGGAGACUCUGUAUGCUGAAGACAAGUCUCGUGUCUGCUUGCUUGAUCCAUCAGCCACGAGGGAGCUGAGUCCUCAAGAUAGCGAGAUCUUCGACGUGUUUCUUUUUGGUGGUAUACUUGGGGAUGAUCCACCGCGAGACCGAACUUCAGAACUGAGGAAGAAGGGGUUUGAAGGUCGGCGGCUCGGGCCAAAGCAGAUGACCACAGACACUGCUGUCAGAGUCACGAGGCUUGUGGUACAAGAGAAAGUCCCGCUUGAUGAUAUCGAAUACAUUGAUUACCCAGAGCUUCGAAUUAACAAGAAUGAGAGUACUGAAAUGCCUUUCCGGUACGUGAAGGGCAAAGAUGGACUUUCAAUAAUGCCAGAGGGCAUGAUUGAUUUGAUCAAGAAAGACUCCGAGAAGGGAUUCGGCGAUUUGUUCUGAGUGCUAGAAGAGCAGGAACAUGAAAACUUAUGGUCAGAGCUAUAGAGGUACAAUUCAAGAAAGUACCUGUGUAACUAGGACAAAGCUCUAGGCAACAAUGAUACCCAAAUAGCUCUUGAUAUUCGCUCCUCCUUUAGCCUUUUGAACAUGUUGCAGCUUGGAAGCUUACUUACAUUACCUAUACGGUUCAUCCGACCAAGGCAUCUACAUCAACUCAACAGCUUCAGCAUCGAUAUCUCUCGGUACGAUUUUCGAGGGUUCUGUUCUUAUUGUAUGUUGUCUUC